AUGCAGCAGGGGAGUCGCCGUGUUGCAGCUGUGAUACUCCCGCAGGUAAAGAAGGAGGCUGCCAAGAUGUUAGGCAUGAAAAAUGGUUACAGCAGUGGCAUUAUGAAUACGGUGGAGUUUCAUCCUGAUUCUAUAUCUGAGGGAAAAAAUGGAGUACUAAGCUUCCCUUGGGUUUCCCGUCGUGGUGUCUUAAAUGGAUUUAAGUCCACCCAUGGAGGAGCUUUGGCAACUCUCGCAGAUAUCUUUACGCGGCUACAUUUGGCUGCUGCUGCUCCGGAAUCGGUAUUAUCGUCUGUCAGCUUCGAGAUUAGUUACCUUGCUGCUGUCGCAGAGAACGUCGAGUGUAAUUGUGUGACCCGUCUCGUUAAUCAGGAUGCCGGUGCUUUAGUAUACAUGGAUUAUUCUUUUGAAGACAAAAUCACAGGGCAAGUGUUUGCUAGAGGUUCUCAUGUCCUAUCUUGCAGUGGGUAA